CUUUGCCGUGUUGGUUUUCGAUUCCUCUGUUUCUUUCUGCAGCUCGUUUUAGUUACUUGCCAGUCAGUCCUUUCCUUUUAGUCGUCGUCACCAAAAUAGAAAACCCACCACUGGUGAAAUUAAAAAGCAAUUCUAGAUAAGUUUUCGGCGAGAGACAGGUAGCAAUUGUUGUUGGGUCGAUGGUCGGUUCUCUUUGAAUCGGUCGGGGUUUUCCUUUUGUCCUCACUCCGCCGCCGUUUUGUGAAUUUCCUGCUCUGUUUCCCUCCUCCGUCUGUAAGUCAACUAGGUGAAACUUCUAUUCAAUUUACAAUCCUUCCCCAAGUAGGAGACUUCUGGCCCAUCGGACCUAUAUAUACACCGAGAACUACCAAAACCCAGAUUCCAAUUUCUUCUGGCUGGGUUUUUUCAAGGUUGUUUUUUCCUCGGGAAACAAACAGAGUCAAUUACUUGUUAAAGUUCGCGUCUUUUCUCAAUUCUUAAUGGGAGGGAGAAGUUCGAAGGAGUCGGAUGGUGGCAGUCGGAGGGAGUUUGUGUCUUACGAUUCCUUCAACUACCGUCACCAGCCGCCGGCGUCGCCGUAUCCCGAGUCGCAGCCGUACUACACGCCUCAGCAUCCUCACGCGCCGCCGCCGUCGUCCGCGUACGGUUAUGAACCGGAAAGGCCUCCUCAGCCGCAGAAGAAGUUGGAUAGAAGGUACUCCAAGAUUGCGGACAAUUACCAGACUUUAGAUCAGGUUACUGCUGCACUUGCUCAGGCUGGGUUGGAAUCAUCUAAUCUCAUAGUUGGCAUUGACUUCACCAAGAGCAAUGAAUGGACAGGUGCCAGGUCAUUCAACCACAAGAGCUUGCAUCACAUUGGCAACGCUCCAAACCCGUACGAACAAGCCAUAUCCAUCAUUGGAAGGACUUUGUCUGCGUUCGACGAAGAUAACCUGAUUCCUUGUUAUGGCUUUGGAGAUGCUUCGACACAUGACCAAAAUGUGUUCAGUUUCUACCCGGAAGAGAGAUUCUGUCAGGGCUUCGAAGAGGUGCUGUCACGAUACAGAGAAAUUGUUCCUCAGCUUCGACUAGCUGGGCCGACGUCAUUUGGACCAAUGGUUGAAAUGGGCAUCAGCAUUGUUGAGCAAAGUGGUGGCCAGUACCAUGUCCUUGUCAUUAUUGCUGAUGGUCAGGUUACACGGAGUGUUGACACUGGGCGUGGCCAGCUCAGUCCUCAAGAGCAGAAGACUAUCGAAGCAAUUGUCAAAGCGAGUGAAUACCCUUUGUCGAUUAUCUUAGUCGGGGUUGGUGAUGGACCUUGGGAUAUGAUGAGGGAAUUCGAUGACAAUAUACCUGCUCGAGCCUUUGAUAACUUCCAGUUUGUGAACUUCACAGAGAUCAUGGCCAAAAAUGUUAACCAAACAAGGAAGGAAACAGAAUUUGCUCUUGCUGCAUUGAUGGAGAUCCCCGCUCAAUACAAAGCCACUCUCGAGCUCGGCUUAUUAGGUCGUCGAAAGGGGAGUGGUCCAGAGAGGAUAGCUCUACCUCCGCCACAAUAUGGCAGAUCUUCCCAUGGGAGCAAUUCUAAGCCCUUCCGAUCAACUAGUUUCCAGCAGCAAGUGCCUUCUUAUCCGGAAUAUAGCUCACCAUCAGCCAGUUAUAGUGUGCCACCGGUCAGCUCAGCUCCACAAUCGAGUUCUGAUUCUGACAACAAGGUUUGUCCCAUUUGUCUUUCCAAUCCCAAGAACAUGGCUUUUGGCUGCGGCCAUCAGACUUGUUUUGAAUGCGGAGAAGACCUGCAAUUGUGUCCCAUUUGCCGGAGUCCGAUACAGACUAGAAUCAGGCUGUAUGGAUAAAAGAUCUGUCAGCAAUCCUGAACUCGCCCAAAACUUACGAACUUAAGUAGAGGCGAGAAGAUAGUUUUUGGAGUGUACAGAUAGAGUCGCGAUUUCCCCCCCACCCCCCAUCUUAUGGUUCUUGUGUUCCUUGAACCACAACACCACAGGAAUGGAGGAGAUGAAGCUUGGAACGACCCGGUGUCUGAUGAUGUGAUGUUGGACUGCCAAUGGUAGAUGCCUGUGUGUUUAUUAUUGCAUUUCAUUGUGGGUUUUGUGCAUAAUUAAACGUAGUUGGUUAGUAGAAUGGAGUUUCUUAUCUCUUGAGAUGUUAGGGAUGAUUUGGAUGAGGGGUUCUUUCUGGUGGGUAGAAGAGAAGAGAUGGAGGUGGCGCUCUACUCCCAACACCCAUUCUUUCAUUAUUUUUCUUGCCUUAUUGUUUUUUUUUUCCCUGCUUCCCCUAGUCUGUGAGAAGAUUUUCGAAUGUGAUUUGGGUAAAUUACGCCACCAUGUAUGUGAAUAUUCAUUUUGCUGGUGCUACCGGUUCCAGUUCCAGUGGUGGAAUUUUGGUCAUUAGGUUUGAUGCUGCUGGUUUGUGGAACCCUUGUUGCAUACAGAUUCAUCGUGAAUACCAUUUUCAUUUCCGUAACUCUAGGGCUGUUAAUGAGCCGAGUUGAACCGAGCUUUCUCUUGUUCAGGUUUGGUUCAUUUAUAAACGAGCCGAAUUCGAGUUCAGCUCGUUUGUGGACGAGCUGAGUCGAGCCGAACAUGAUCCAGUUCAUUUAUUGAAUCUUAUCUCAUCAUUAAGAUAAAAAUUUUGACUCGAGCUAAACUCUAAGAUAAUUUAUGAAUUAAAUACCCUAAUGUUUAUGUUAGAGACAUAUUUGUUCACAUACUCAAAUUACAUGACACACGAGGUGUGAUAUACAAUUGAUAAAUAUAUGCAUCAUUAACAUACCAACUCAUAAGAUAUAGAUCGAUUUUAUCACAAGUCGUAAUCAAGUUGGUUCGCCAGUUACAAUGUUGAGACAUCUCAUGAGUUCAAAAUGAGAUAGUUCAUGAGUAGUACUCAACAAGCCGCAUAAUUGAAUUAGUUCACGAGCCUCACGAGCCAAACAAAGUUGAGCUCAAGCUCGGCUCAUUAAUAAACGAAUCCAACUUUUAUUGAAUCGAACGAGCUUUUAUCGAGUUUGAGACCGAACCGUUUGCGAAUAGUUCGAUUCAUUAACAGCCCAACGAAACUCCAAUGACCAGGCUUACUACUAGUACUAGCUGGGUUUUUUCUGCAGCGUCGGGUUCAUUGUUGGGCUUUGCGUCUCUUAAAGGUGAAGUGCCCCUUCCUUCUCUUGGGACAGAUUCUCUAUACAUGUAUUGGUUAGGGAAACGAAUAAAAUUCAUCGUCGAAAAACUUAUCAACUUUGUUAAAAUAAGGGUUAUAGGUAUAAUAUGUCCCUCUAUUAUAAUGCUUUAUCAAACAUGUUCAUAUACUAUUUUUUACAUCAAACAUACCCCUGUUCUUUGAAAAAAAUGAUCAAACAUGCCCUUCUGUUAAAAUUUCCAAUGAAAAAAACGUCAAUCAUGGUUGAACCGAGAUUUAGGCAACCCGACAUCGGCAAAUGGGAGGGGAAAUGUCAGUUUUAUCCCAUUUGAUUUCUCUGGAUAUCUUCAAAGUGAAAUUAUUUGGCUAUACAAAAUAACCAAAAUAUUCUAUAGUGAAAUUAUUAGGGAUAUUUUAGACAUUUGUGUCACCAAGUCAAAGUUCGACCUUGGUUAACGGUUUUGGAUGGAAAAUUUAAUAAAAGGGCAUGUUUGAUCAUUUUUACAAAGUAUAGUGGCAUGUUGGAUGUAAAAAAUAGUAGAUGGGCAUGUUUGAUAAAAUAUCAUAGUAGAGGGGCAUAUUAUACCUAUAACCCUUCAAAUAACUAAAGCAAAAUACACUUGUAUAGCAAAAAAUUCACACUUUAUGACAAUAAUAGCCAAAUUUUGAAAACACACCUUUGUAACCACAUUUCUUAAACUAGUAUGACUAAUUUAGCCAUUUUCGUCAAAUAAUUUUACACCAUCAAUAACACCCUUAGUUAAGUGGAUGCUAUGCUUACAUGGCUGCCACCUGACUACCACGUCAUGGCCACCUAGACGUCCUUUGCCACAUAAUCGCCACGUCAUAUAAAAUAGUACUCUUUAAUUAUGUUAAUUAAAUAACUAAAAAGUCAUCUUCCCCAUAUUCCUUCUAGUGAUGGCAAUAACAUUCAUAACCAUGGAUAUCCUCCCGAAUCCGACCUAAUUGGAUAGGGUAAAACCCGAACCCGAAGGACUUUUAAUGGGUACGGGUAAAACCCGAACCCGAAUAUUGUGGGUAAUGGGUGGGCAUGGUUUUCUCACUAUCCAACCCGAAACCCGCCCAAUUAUGCACGUGCAUGUAUAUUUUAUCUAGAAAUAAUAAUUUUUCUCUAACAUAUUUUAUAUUUAGCAUACAAAUAUAAUAUUUUCAUGAAAUUGUGUUGUUUUAAUUAAUUUUCUUCAUUUUAAUGACUUAUUGUUAUACAAUUCUUUCUAUGUAAUGUGACUAUAUGUGUGAAUGUUAACAUAUUGGUGAGAGUUUUAGAGACAAAUUAUUACCCAUGGAUAACCGUGAAUACCCGAAACCCGAACGGGUAUGGGCACAAUUUUGAUUUUCUACCCAUUUCUUAUGUGGGUGUGGGUAUAGGUAAAACUCGAACUACUUCGAGUAGGGUAACAGAUAUACACUAUCCGUCCCCGACCCGACUCAUUGUCAUCCCUAAUUCCUUCCCGUCUUCGAUUCCGACCCAUUACAUCCCACCGUCGGAGAUUCCCUCCAAGUUAACGACGCCGCCGCCUUGCUCCCCACCUCUCGCAUCCCGCUCCCGCCGUGUUCCCCGCCCUGUGGCUUUCCCUGCCGUUGCCGCCCUCAUCCUUCCUUCCACCUUGUUCUUCGUAUAGAUCUGCAUAUCGAAACCCCUAAUUCUUUCGUCCCUUCCAAAUCGAAAAAUCAUGCCAUCGUCGUCCUCCCCAAUCUUGUUUUCCCUACUCAAACAAUCUGUCCCUUUCAAAUCUCUAUUAGCUACAUCCUCAAUCGGAUCCAAGUGGAGUAGACGACGAUGGUGGUGGCUGGUGGCAAAUUUGAUAGCCAAGAUUGAUUGGGGAGAGUUCGGCUGAAGAAUUGGAAUAUGGACGAGUACCAACAACAAGCUCGUCGACUAAAGAUCCUAGGUUCACGGAGGAAGGAUAUAUCCAUAGCACUGCCGGAGAGAUUGAGAGCCUUUGUGGCUGGAGUUCGAGGUGGCACCGGUCGCACCCUUUGCGCCGUUUGGAGCAGAGGCAACGACGGAUGAGACUGGAGCGGCGAUGCGUUCCCCUUGAAAGCGAGGACUAGACGCGCAAGGGUAUUUGAUCAGCUGGGUUUCGGCCAGGACGGGGUAAUUGGGAUUUCGGAGUGACGAUGGAGACAAUUGACGACUAGGGAUUAAGGAUCUGGUCGACGAUUAGGGAAAUAGGGAUUGGGAAUGGCCAAUGCUGGAACUCGAAACAAUCAAGGCGGUGAGGUCAGAGAAGAGAAUCGAUCGUUGUAGAUGAUGAUGGGACUCGAGGUUCUUGUGGUCCCUUGAAUCAAUUUCAGGGAAUCCU